AAGCACACAGUCAGAACCAGACAAACGGAGCCUGGCAGACCCGUCUGAUCGCUGACCGCCGGCCAGUCUCCGCUCCUGCCGCCGCCGCCGCCGCCGCCGCCGCCAUGGGGAACUUCCGCAAGCUCGGCCGUCACGCCGCCCACCGCGUCUCCAUGCUCAGGACGAUGGUGUCGCAGCUGGUGAAGCACGAGCGGAUCGAGACCACCGUCGCCAAGGCGAAGGAGGUGCGGCGGAAGGCGGAUCAGAUGGUGCAGCUCGGCAAAUAUGGUACACUAGAUGCAGCAAGACGUGCCUCGGCAUUUGUUCGGGGUGAUGAUGUUGUUCACAAGUUAUUCACAGAGCUUGCGUACCGCUACAAGGAUCGAGCUGGUGGGUAUACAAGACUAUUGCGAACCAGGAUACGAAUUGGCGAUGCUGCACCAAUGGCUUACAUCGAGUUUGUCGACCGGGAGAAUGAACUUCGAGAGGCCAAACCUGCGACUCCACCGCCUCCCCAGCGUGCCCCUCUUGAUCCAUGGACCAAGUCCUGUGCCAGCCAACAGUGGGCAGGGCCUAAAGUUAGCCAGAACUCCAAAACAGAAGGGCUAUGAGAACCAAAAGCAUCGUUUAUCUUUAUUUUAUGUUUGUGAGGUUUUUUUUAUCUUUAGACAUGCUAAUUAGGAGAUCCAUUCUGUAAGAGACUAAAAACUUGUGUUUCCACAUAAUAUCUAUAUUAUUUGUCAAGGAUCGUUGUGACUAGAAAUUGUUGCUGAUGUGUUAA